AGUCGAGAACGGUGGACGAACGACCUGCGUGGAGAUCAUCGCUGAGAUUCCGCUCGAAUGUCGGAUACGCGGACGCUUCGGCACCUUCACUGUCGCUACGCGGAUUUCCUGCGCUCCCCGAGCGGGACACUUUUCGUGGAUGUUCCAGAGUGACACGAAGGUGUGAAUCAUCGCAAAAUGGCGACCAAUGACGACGGUGAUCUGAUCGAUCUCGGAAACGAUGUGUGUGUUUCACGUGUCACCGUGGACGAUCCGACAUCCGAGGAGCAGGAGCAUCUACUUGAUGUCUGUCCCCCGAAACUGGAACAGAAGCUCUCGCUCACGAAACGGCAGGAGCGAGUGUUGGACAGCAUGGACAAAGGCGAUAUUCUGGUGACCUUGGGUCAUGAUCAAGUGAUGCCUAUCCGUAAGAGAAUUGACGUGGUCUCGUCAGACACGAUUAAACGCGUCCGCGAUAUCACUCGGAAUCUCGAACCGGUGAUACACAGGGCUCGCUCGGGCAUUAACGACCAGACCAAACGAAACACAGUGGAUCAUGCAGCGACAGUCGACAAAAGCAGGCGAUGCUUGAUGGCGAAACACGAAGAUGAAACGUAUGAGGCACAAGAGAUUAACAACGCCUUCAAUUUUCUUGCCGAGCACGAUGACAACGCGGAGGACCUAGAAGCAGAGACGAGUUUCGAUCACGCUAGAAACGAGAAUGCCGAUUAUGAUCGUUCCAUAUCGUCUAUGCGUCCCCUGAUUGAGGAGGAAGAUGUGGUCGAUUAUCCAUUCAAUACGCCAUCCUUGAAUGAAGACACGAUCGGUAGGAGCGACGAGGACAAGAGGAAAAACAUGGUCACACGGAACAAUGUUCAGUACGAUGUCCAGUUGGAUAAUCCGGGCUUUGAGUCAUCGCCGAAUUCGCAGCAGCUUUCCGCGGAUGUUUCGACCAAGCAUAGAUCCGUUUCCGUCGACCCAAAGCCGCGCACGAUGGCUGCUCUCAAGAAACGCGGCCGGGAGGACAUCGGCUUCGAACGCGAAAGCAAGAGGCGUUCCCUGCAGGAGUCGCAUCGUAAAUCAUGGACGGAAGGAGCAAGCCUAAACUCGGCUCUUACCGACGAACUUCCCGGUAUCGAUAGAUCCACUAGUCUCGAAGAACAUCACUGUGCGCCGUCGACCUCCGAUGCUGAUCGUGGGAUAUCCAGCUUUCUCACGAGACGGCCGCCGGAAGUGGAAUCAGUGGUGGCCACCAGCGCGGAGGAUGGCUGUUCGGACGGUUCCGAGGUGGAUUGGUCAUGGCUCGAGGAAGUGGAGUGCCUGCGGGCCGCGGAAUCACCCGGUGAAUGCGCCGGCGACCAGGAUGAAAGGAGCGGGAACGUUUCCCCCACCAGUGGGAAUACGGGGCGCAGGCGCGCCCGCGAGCGUCAUGAAGCAGCAGCGGGCCGCAGUGUCGCGAUGUCCGUCGGCGCGACGGCAAAGUCCCUAGCAGUCGGGGGCUCGCGUUGGCCACCCUCCAGCGGCGCGCUUCUCCUUGAUCGUCGGAACAGCAACGUCCGCUGCAGCGGCGGUCAACGUUGCUGGCAUCACAACGCCGAUAACAAUGGCAACAACAACGAGAACGAUGAUAAUCAAGUCGCGCGUUGUAACGUCACGAAUGAGGCCGUCGAUCGCGAAAAUCGCGACUGCACGGCGACGAACACAACCGGCUCCGUCGCCGCCACCGCAAAUUCGUGGAUGCGCGCCUCCAUGCGGCGCCUGCGUCAUCUGCGGCUACCUGAGGGCACGCAGCGCAACGGCGCCGGCGUUGUGAACGAGCCGGUCGCAAAUCGGCGUACCGUGGCCGAAUUCUCGGCGCCGAACUCGUUGCCGGACAUCGCGCUGAUCGCACCGGAGAUCCUCGCGGCGCAGACCAACGGCACGACUUCCAGCACGCUGCGACCGUCGAGCGCGCCCGCUAGAAAUGCUGCCGCUAACUCCGCCGUGAGCACCGUCGGCGCCGGCGCCGCGACGCCGCGCCGCGCCGGUCGACAAUUCACCGGCAGGUCGCGGGCCGCGCGAAGUCGGGACGCGUCUUCGAGGCAGGACAGCCUCGUCUCCACGACCACUGCAAGCGACAUCACCGCGUCCGGUACCUCAACAACAACUUGCUCCAGCUCGUUCGGUGGUGCUUCCAGCAGCCCCGCGUCCAGCACGGCGACCAGCACGCAGCAACGCGCCGCUUCGAGAAGGGUAUGCGAAAGGCAAAGAGACAUAGAUAGACAUAACGACAGGAGUGAGGAUGAUGACGAAGAUGAGAAUCCUCAAGGGAAGUGGCCCCACGCUCUCAGUUCGGCCCUCGCGUGUCUCGGUUGCACCCUGGGACUUUUUAAUAUCAGCAGAUUUGCCAUUCUUAGUAUACAGUUCGGAGCAAACUUCAUUGUACAGUUCCUGAUUUUAUCCUUUAUACUGGGCAUCCCAUUACUGACGUUGCAAGUAUGCCUGGGACAGAGACUGGCGGCUGGUUCUGUGGAUAUGUGGAGAAUCUCGCCGCUUUUUCAAGGUGUCGGAAUAGCCCUGCUCACCGCGCAAGCCUUCAUCGGUAUUUACAGCAUAGUCGGUAUAUCGUGGAUGUUCGUGUACUUCAGAGAUUCGUUCAUAACAAAGCAGGACAAGUAUCGAUGGGCGGAGCCGUUUCUUCUCUAUCGAGACGACAGCCGUCCUACGCACAAUAUUACUACUUCAUACAAAUUGUAUGAGACUGUUCCGGAUUACUUCAAUGGUGCUGUAUUACAAAGACACCAUUUGAACGAAUCGGAUGCUGGUACCAUCACGUUAAAAUUCCAAGUGGCCUUCAACUUAGCCGUCGUUUGGCUGAUUGUAUUUGUUUCACUAAGUAAAGGAUUGAGAUCCUAUGGAAAAGUAGUGUACGUUUUCACGCUGGUGCCCGUGUUUGGCACGUUAGUCUUAUGCACGAAGUUGUUGGGACUCACACCGCCAGGCUCGAUACACCAGCUCUUCCCCGCUACCGUUUGGAGCGAAUUCUUCAUUAAUGGGAAGUCAUGGGUGGCUGCCUCAAACGAGGUCUUCCUCACGUGGGGUUUACUUGGUGCAGCCGCUAUGCAGAUAGCGGCUCAUAACAAGUACAAACAUCUCCUCCAGCGAGAUACGAGUCUUGUCGUGAUUCUGACACUCAUAGUUCUCGUUCUCGCGGCUUUCCUAGCGAACACCUGCGUGCAGAUCCUUAGGCAUCAUGGCUAUAUUUACAUCACUAGUUCGUUCGAGAGAAUAUCAGGGUAUACGUUUAUGAGGCUUGCCAAUCAGCCAGCACCUCCGGGAUACAGCAGCACACCGGAGAGAUUUAUGUCACACGCAUCAUUUCUCCUUGGCCAGCGUGUAAUACGACCCGGUGCGGACACCAGUACCGAGUCGGGGUAUCAAGUGUUGCGAUUGUCUACCGAAUUGGUGCCUGCAACGUUAGCAUUGUUAGGCGCUGAGCAGGUGUCGCCGUUUUGGGCGGUCCUGUUCUACUUCAUCCUCAUCUUAUUUGGGAUCGCACAGCAGUUGGCGAUAUGGCAUUGUGUAAUUACUGGCAUAAUGGCAAUCAAUACAAAAAUGAUGAAACUCUGGGAAACCAGCAUUACGUUUUUUAGCUGCACAUGCGGCUACAUGCUGGGAUUGCCUAUGGCUACGGAGUUGGGUAUUUACGUCGUCUACUAUCUCGAUUAUACUAUCGGUGGGGCGUGGUGGAUAAUUGUCCUAUAUCUAGUGCAAGUCGGUGCAGUUUUCGCUGUCCGCGGACGCCCUCACACUGGCGACGCGGUCGUCACCGAACUGUUCCCACCGACUGGACGAUGCCUCAGGUAUUGGGCCGGACCUCUGUUAUCCUUCACCUGGAACGUCGUUCUCCCUGUCACUUUAAUGGUUCUCAGUAUCACAAUAUUCAAGAGCAGUGGCUUCCGGGAACUGUACUCUUAUCGCCGUACGAACCGAGAUUACUGGGUAGUGUGGGCAAGGCAACUCGGCGCGUCAAUUCAGUUGAUACCGAUAUUAAUGAUACCGGCAGUGGCUAUCAUACAGACGUGCCGAUAUUUGAACAGCGGACCAUCCGAUAUCUUCGAUAAUCAGCAAGUGGAAGUAACGGUAAAUCACUGCGAACAGUGUAACGGCAGAAUUCAGUUACUUUAUCGACCACCGUUGGAGCCGGAAGAUCCUCGCGACGCGCAGACUCAAAUCGGAAACGACACCGAUGCAAGUUUGCACGGAAAUGGGAUCCUACCAGCCGCGACUACCGAGAUACCCUUCGAGGAUCCGCCGCCGAAGUAUACACCGCCACCGAGCUACACCACGGCAACCGGCGCAAGAAUCGCAAAGAUGCUACGACAGAGUUUUCGGCGUAGCGUGCGGAGAAUCGCGAAUGUGCUCGGCGAAGGCAGCGCGCCCCGACAGAGACCGGCGUUGCAGCCACCGCCGCCGGAUUACGCGACCGUGUUGGUGGAGAUGAACCAAACCAGCGUCGCGCCAGCGUCGCGCGACCACCAGAUCGCGGUCCAUGCGGAGCCGCGACCGGACGUGACGAAUACCGGGACCAGUCGACGAGCUGUAUCGGCUGAUCGCCGGCACCGGCCGAACACCAUCGAUCGCACCAGCAGGAUCGGCGUGGCCGACAGAUCACGUGCGAUCGAGCGUACCCACUCGACGUUCGAACGCGGCCGCCGGCCGUAUUUGAACGGAGCGGCCACGCUGUCCGGCUCAAAUCUGACAGCUGCCGACGUAGCGAAUCUAUUGCGCAGUAGUAUACGUCGAGGUACUGCGAGAACGCAACAGUCUUUGCGUAGGAGCUUCUGUCAUGAGACUGCACCGACGACGGCGGCGUCCGUCGAGAAUCUAGUCGAGGCCGCCGCGCCAAUCGGCGAAGACUCUCUGAUCUUAUCGAAGGACGCAUCUCUAGUCUCCGAUGAGCAGCAGAUCGACGAGCAGAUCUGCUGCCACGGCGACGACGAUGAUAACGAUAACAACGAUCGCAGCAAUGAGAAAAAGACUGCGGGUGAAAUGGAGAGUUCCGUUCCUGUGAUAUAGAUAGUGGGAGCGACGCUCCCGUCUGUCCGUCCGUUCGUUACCGUUGAUCGUUGCGUGAACAUUUUCUUUUCAAACAUUUCCAUUUGACUCCGAUUGGCCAAUGCAUGUUUUGUAUAUUAUUAUGCUUAUAUAAUUUUAUAUAAGCCUAUAAUACUAAUCUUGUCAUCAGGUGUUUACAUCAUCGGUAAAAUUACAAAUCUAUCUAUGAUGUAAAUUUCGUGAAUCAGCGUCAACAGCGAUAAACCAUCGACACGAUCAACGGCCGGACAGACUGCAGUGUCUGGACCCCCCUCGAAAUCACGAUGAUGACGUGUUCUCCUGCCGUGCCUGAGCAAUCGCGUGCGCUUAUUACUCCGAGUACUUUUGUGUUCUUGCGUUAUUUAUUUCUCGAUAUAUAUUAUGUAUAUCUUUGUUAUAUGUUUAGGGAAAACGAAGUUUUGCAUAAUGUAUAUAGUCCCACGAUACGCUUCUUGAAUACGCCUCCUCCAAUCGCAGUUUCUGGUGAUAAAACGCGAAACGUGUAUCAGGCUUCCGCAUGACGACAACAAUCUGUCCUAAGUGAUAUUUUAUCACGUGCGCAAUUAGCUGAUCUUUUAUACUAUUAUAUUGUGAUCACAUAUCUAAUAUUAAAAUUAAGUAUAAUUCGAUUUUAACGACGAAUGCAAUUUUCAUUUAAACUAAACAAGUAAAAUUUAGGCAUUGGGCCGAAUUUUAUUUGUUCAGUUGUCAAAUAACUGUGUGCACAAAUUAUGUCCAAAAUAAUUACAAAAAUUAUUACCAUUAUUAAUAAAGCAAUAUUCAGUAAUUAGAAGAUUUACAAUAUUGGUCUCCCUCUCUCUGCACUUACUCGUUCCUCGAAAACUGUACAUAAACAAAGCAACGAAAAGAAUGAAUUAAACAAUCGGAUAAUCGAGAGGCGCAUAUAUCGUGACAUAUAUAGCUUCCAUUUUUCGCUUGGGAGCUUGAGCUUAAUUCUCUAAGUGUGUAGCUGUAAUGUGCUUGAAAUCGGUUCCUUCUCGCACGAGAGUUACAACAUUUUUAUCCGAGAGAAAGGACACGUGCGAUAUCUGUAUGUAAUAUACCUGUAUAUCUAUCGUGAUUAGUCGAUCCUGUAAAUAUGUGUAGCAUUUUAACAGUUUCGAAUUAUGCUAAGUAUUAUAUCUCGUUCGUUAAUACAUAAAACUUAUUUCACUAUAAUACGAGUGUGUAUAGUCCGUCCAGUGUAUCGAUGUCUCUGUUUUUGUUAAUAAAUACAACGAUUGCUGCAUAAACACUCCGUAAUGACCACAAUGAAUUAGAUCGAUUCGUAUGUCUUCUUCACUUAAUUGAUUGGAAGCAAGCAUAUCGAGCAUAUUCUGUCGGAACAAGUAGACAAAGAAGAAGCGCAUUGCACCCUACCCAUGUAAACAUAGUCUUGCGUAUUAGAGUAUUAAUAUCUAGAUAAUAUCCUUCGUAAAAUAAGUGUAACUGACAUACCUGAUAUUAUGGACCAUAAUAAAGACCAUUUUUAUGUUUU